AUGGCCACCACCGUCCUCCUCCCCCUCCUCCUCCUCCUCGUCCUCAUCCUCCCCCUCUACAUCAUCUACAAACCCCCCUCCCUCCUAAUCCGGCACCUCUCCCACCGCUGGACCGACGUACUCUUCCGCCUCUGGCUCCCGCCCACCAAACCUCUAGUCGCCCUAACCAUCGACGACGCCCCCUCCGACCACACGCGCGACAUCCUGGCCGCGCUGGCCGCCGCCGACGCCCGCGCCACCUUCUUCGUCAUCGGCUCGCAGGUCGCCGGCCGCGAGCCAAUUCUCAGGGAGAUCCUCCGCGCCGGCCACGAGCUCGCCAACCAUGGCAUGCGCGACGAGCCCGCCGCGCGGCUGGGGACGGCGGAGUUGGAGGACCAGCUUGGGAGGGUGCAGGCGAUGAUUGAGGACGCGAGGUCGUGGACGGAGCCGAUGCUGAGGACGGUGCUGCCGGAGAUGAAGAGGCGUGGGUUUCAGGCUGUGACGCUGACCGAGUUGUUGAAGGAGGUUACGGGGUGA